UCCUCUUCCUCUUCCUCCUCCCCCCGGUGGCUCAGUCAGUAGUGAGAUUCAGUCAGAUUUAUACAGUAAGGGAGCACGUCGCAGGACAGUUGGGACAUCAUGGGCAUCAAAUUCUUGGAGGUGAUAAAGCCAUUCUGUGCCGUGCUGCCAGAGAUCCAAAAACCCGAAAGAAAGAUCCAGUUCAAGGAGAAGGUAUUAUGGACUGCCAUCACUCUCUUCAUCUUCCUGGUUUGUUGCCAGAUCCCCCUCUUUGGCAUUAUGUCAUCAGACUCUGCAGAUCCAUUCUACUGGAUGAGAGUGAUACUGGCCUCAAACAGAGGUACCCUGAUGGAGCUGGGUAUCUCGCCUAUUGUCACCUCAGGCCUGAUCAUGCAGCUGCUUGCUGGAGCUAAGAUCAUUGAGGUUGGCGACACACCAAAGGACAGAGCCCUCUUCAAUGGAGCUCAGAAAUUAUUUGGAAUGAUCAUCACCAUUGGCCAGGCCAUCGUAUACGUUAUGACUGGCAUGUAUGGAGAUCCCUCUGAGAUGGGUGCAGGAAUCUGUCUGAUCAUCAUCAUUCAGCUUUUUGUGGCUGGGCUGAUUGUGCUGCUGCUAGACGAGUUGCUCCAGAAGGGUUAUGGUCUUGGUUCCGGGAUCUCGCUUUUCAUCGCUACCAACAUCUGUGAGACGAUCGUCUGGAAGGCCUUCAGCCCCACGACUGUGAACACUGGAAGAGGUACAGAGUUUGAGGGAGCAGUCAUUGCGCUUUUCCAUCUGCUGGCCACUCGUACGGACAAAGUGCGCGCAUUGAGAGAAGCUUUCUACAGACAGAACCUGCCCAACCUCCUGAACCUCAUUGCCACAGUGUUCGUCUUCGGUGUAGUGAUAUACUUUCAGGGAUUCAGAGUUGAUCUGCCCAUCAAGUCGGCCCGCUACCGUGGCCAAUACAACACCUACCCCAUCAAGCUCUUCUACACCUCCAACAUCCCCAUCAUCCUGCAGUCUGCCCUGGUCUCAAACUUGUAUGUCAUCUCCCAGAUGCUUUCCACACGUUUCAGUGGCAACUUCGUGGUUAAUCUGCUUGGUACUUGGUCUGAUUCAACGUCAAGCGGUCCAGCUCGGGCCUACCCUGUAGGCGGACUCUGUUACUACUUCUCUCCCCCUGAAUCAUUUGGCUCUGUUCUUGACGACCCGGUCCAUGCAGGCAUCUACAUUGUCUUCAUGCUUGGAUCAUGUGCCUUUUUCUCCAAGACCUGGAUUGACGUCUCAGGCUCCUCUGCGAAAGAUGUGGCAAAACAGCUGAAGGAGCAGCAGAUGGUGAUGAGAGGACACAGAGAAACCUCAAUGGUCCAUGAACUGAACAGGUACAUCCCUACUGCUGCGGCCUUCGGUGGACUGUGUAUCGGUGGGUUAUCAGUAAUGGCUGACUUUCUUGGAGCCAUUGGCUCGGGCACCGGUAUCCUGCUGGCGGUCACCAUCAUCUAUCAGUACUUUGAGAUCUUUGUGAAAGAACAAAGUGAAGUCGGCAGCAUGGGGGCCCUGCUCUUCUAGAAAAGCCAAUAUCCUCCCACCCUUUACCAACUUUUAUUAGGAUCACCAACUUUGCUUUCAUUUUACAUCUAUGAGAAGCUCCUGCAACUCCAGCUCUCCGCUUUCAAGAUGACUGAGGAAUCUUAAGGAAUGUCUGCUUAAAUUGGACUGUAUGAAGUAGUGGGGCUACACAGCUUGUUGCUCUCACCUUAAAUCUUCCAAAGCAACACAAAGACCGACAUUUCAGUUGUACAUCAUCAGAUUUUCUAACUGACUCAAGAUUAUAGUUUCCCAAAAUUAGUUUAACGGCUUCCUUUUUUGUAUGAGAUGAAGUCCUGCGGGAGUUCGGUCCUUUUUUCAGACCGACAAUAGAGCGCUUCAGUAUGCAGGCAUACUCAACACGGAUGUCGAGGUCGACUGCCUGCUGUUUGCAGAAGUGCUCUCAAUGUUCUGCUUGGUGUUAUCUUAGUUUAUACUUUUACGUUCAGCUUUAUUUUAUGUUUCCAACGACCUGCCAAUUAUUUGAAGGUGUGGAACAGAAACGUAACUGUUAAACGCUGAGUCGAGUACUGUCUUUCUCCUGAUUUGUGACCCUGUGUUCUAGCUGUUAUCUGAACAGAAUCCUUUAAGAGGAGCAUGUGGCGCUCACACUGGAGUCCACCUGUUGCUGUGUUAAUAUAUGGCAUUCCCAGGGAGCAGCAGUAUUAACUCGCAUGUCACAUUCAUUUUUGUCUCCCACUUUCUAAGAUUUGUUUUUUGUUUUUUUUAAUUGUCUGCUCUCAGCAUACUUGCAUUAAUUGCUCUUUUCAUACCUGGAAAAAAACAUGAUUUUCUGUACAUAGGCCAUGCAUUGAAUAACUCUGAAUUUGUCUCGUGUAAAAUACAAUCUUUUGAAUAUGUAAAAAAUAAAUGCAUUUCAGAACAAACUUAGAGAAAAAAACAUUCUCAAUAAAACCUUUUUUGUAGGAAAAGGCUUAAUAUGUU